GAGGCAGGCGUGGCUUGCGCUUGGGCGAUGGGACAGCGGGAGCCAAUCAGCGGGCUCUGCGUCAGUUUGGCGCGGAGUUUGUGGGCCCUGCCCGGCGGUGGCGGGAGUUAGCCGGCAUAAAUGGGCUGGGGACGGGGGAGUGGGCGCGGGGGUUCCACGGCUCGGACUGCUUGCAGGUCUGUUGUGUUCGCUGCCCGCUUCCCGCCGUCCCCGAUGCUGUUCCAUUCGGUCCUCCGCCAGACCCUUCUGGGCACGGCUGGGAAUGGGUCAUCUUCACAGUAUCCUCUCCAGUCACUCUUAACUGGUUACCAGUGCAAUUAUAAUGAUGAUCACAUUUCUUAUGGAGAGAUGGGAGUUCCAGUUCCUCCUUUUGGAUGUACCUUUUCCACUGCUCCCAACUUGGAUCACAUCCUUGCAGUGGCCAAUGAAGAAGGCUUUGUGAGACUAUAUAACACAGAAUCUCGCAAUUGUAGAAAGAAGUUCUUCCAAGAGUGGAUGGCUCAUUGGAAUGCUAUCUUUGAUCUGGCCUGGGUCCCUGGAGAACACAGACUUGUCACAGCAUCGGGAGAUCAGACAGCCAAGAUUUGGGAUGUGAAAGCUGGUGAGCUGAUUGGAGUUUGCAAAGGUCAUCAAUGUAGUCUUAAGUCGGUUUCCUUCUCUAAAUUUGAGAAAGCUGUCUUCUGCACAGGUGGAAGAGAUGGCAACAUUAUGGUCUGGGACACUAGAUGCAGUAAGAAAGAUGGAUUUUAUAGACAAGUGAAUCAGAUUAGUGGAGCUCAUAACACUUCUGACAAACAAACCCCAUUGAAGAACAAGAAAAAGCAAAUUUCAAGAGGACUGGCUCCUUCUGUGGAUUUCCAACAGAGUGUAACAGUGGUCCUGUUUCAGGAUGAGCAUACAUUAGUGUCAGCAGGAGCUGUAGAUGGAGUGGUCAAAGUAUGGGAUUUGCGCAAGAAUUAUACUAACUUUCGACAGGAGCCUGUGGCUUGCAAAUUCUUCCCAUACCCAGGUAGCAGCACACGAAAAUUGGGGUACUCAAGUUUAAUUUUGGACUCUACUGGCUCUACUCUGUUUGCUAACUGCACAGAUGAUAACAUCUAUGUGUUCAAUAUGACAGGAUUAAAGACUUCUCCAGUGGCCGUCCUCAGUGGGCACCAAAAUUCAACCUUUUAUGUCAAAUCCAGCAUUAGCCCAGAUGAUCAAUUUCUGAUCAGUGGCUCAAGUGAUGAGUCUGCCUACAUAUGGAAGAUCUCUGAACCUUGGUGUCCUCCAACUUUGCUCCUGGGUCAUUCUCAAGAGGUCACAUCUGUGUGCUGGUGUCCAACUGAUUUUACUAAGAUUGCUACAUGUUCUGAUGAUAAUACCAUGAAGGUUUGGCGUUUGAAGCGUGGCUUGGAAGAAAAACCAGCACUAGACAAACAUGCUUUAGUGGGUUGGGCAUAUCAGAAGAAAUUGGAUGAGAGAACUGACUUAGCAGCAAUGACAAGCAACCAUAUGACUCCUGCCAAAGCUCCCAGAGUCAAGAACAGUCCACUUGUUUCUUCUCCAUGGUCAGCAGCUUGUGCUCCAAGUUAUGCUGGAGAUCUUCCUCUCCCUUCUAACACUCCUACAUCCUCUAUAAAAACCCCUCCUACUAAGGCUCAGAACACUCAAAAGGACUCUCCAUCUUCCAUUUCCCCCAAGCCACCUUCAUCUUCCAAGAUUUUAUUUCAAAACUGGGUGAACAAGACACCCUCUCAGUCUCCAUCCAACACUCCACCUAUCUCGGGGAGCCUGAUUCUAUCUCCCAGGAAAGCCCUUAUUCCUGUGAGCCAGACUCUAUCCCAAACAAUGUCCAACCCUGAAACUGCAGCCCUGACUAGAAAAAAAGCUAAGAGGAGGUUGGAUUCAAGCUGUCUGGAAAACACAGAGCAGAAGUGUUUAAAGAGCUGCAGCUGUAUCACAGAGCUGGAGGGGAAGGCUAAAAGAUCUCAUCUGAGUCUGUGCUGCCUGUCAGGGAACCAAGGGACCAGUGGUAAAGAUCUUCUGGGACUCACCAAGUUAAAUGAAAUGGAAAAGGUCAGUGAGAAUACUCCAGCUCCAUCAUCUCCUGCCAGUGUCUAUACUCCAGCAGGCUUUGGAUCACCAUCUUUUUGUUUCAAACCUGGCAGAGGAGGGCCUGAAGUGAUAGAUAAAGAGAAUAGUUCCCCUGAGAGGAAAAAUUGGCUAUUGGCUAUGGGGGAAAAAUGGCGGACUGAAAAAGGUGGGAACCGGAGUCCUUCCAGUGGUUCAUCUUCUCAAACUAAGAGACAAGAUGGAAAGAACUCUCCAGUUGCAACUACACCUGGUUCCAUGAGGAAGAUCUGUACCUACUUUCACCGAAAGUCCCAAGAGGAAUAUCGUAGUCCUGAGCAAUCUAAAGAAUUGUAGAUCCUUCAUUCAGAAUCUGAAUAUGGAAAUACCUCAACGUUGAAAAAUCAGCAUGAAAAGCUGUGGCCUGGAGGUAGCUAGUGCCUGUUUCUAUUAGCAUAGUGUAAAUUCUGCAUCUGAAAGGAAAUGCAGGAUUGUGUUUUUAAAAGUUCCUUUUAAAAAUUAUUUUCCAUAGAACAUAUUAGGAUAACUAAUUCUCUUUGGAGAAAAGAUGUAGCUGUUCUGCAAUAAUAGCAUAGCAACUUCCAUAGGCACAGGACCUAGUCAUGUAGUUCUCUUCAGUGCUGAGUGGCCAAAGAGGCCAGGUGAAGUCUUCUGAAGCUUUGGGGAUCUGCUCAAUGUUAUAUUCUUUUGUAUAGCAAAAAUGCAUGGCUAUUUAUGAAGAAAUUUUGUAAUUUGUUGUAAAUAUGAAACUUCUAUUUGGGUGACUUUUAGUAUUACCCAAAAAAUUAAAUAAAUUAAUAAAAAUGUU